AUGCUCCAAGCCGUAGGCUUGAUUCUCCAGGUCGCACCCUUCCGCAGCAAACCUUGCUUCUUCCCCGUAAAUGGAGCCGGCUUCCUGGAGCAACAACCGCCUCCAGUUUCGGCGAUUGUAGACCAAGAUGGAUUCUCAGAGGUACAGGAGGCCUUGUUGGACGAGUCAAUAGAGACAACCCCUGUGGGUCUGCAGCAGGAGCUACUGAGGCAAUCCUUCCCAGUAGUGCCCUUUGCGUUAGAAGGGCUGCUAGGUCUCGGAGACCGCACUCUUUUCCGUGCAGGCGACUUCCUCGUAGAGAUUCCGCUGGCGCAGCAAGAGUCAACAGAUGCACGCGAGAGAGACAUCUGCGAUGGCCUUCGAGAACACUUUCUUUGA